CAUUCGCAAAUUUCACCAAAGGAAUAGCCUUGUAGUCUCAACGCCCCGAACAGAAAGAACAAAAGCCACUUACUACUUCGUCUCGAGGUCAGGGCAGCCACGACUGCAUACUCGACCGUACCCGCUGCAAAUCCGGUUUUGGAACAAUGGCCGAGAAAGUGAGCAAAAAGGAGAGGAAGGAACGGAAGGAGAAAAAGGAAAAGCAAAGUAAAGGAAAGGAAACGGAAGAGACUCCAAAACCAGCACAGGAAAAGGAUGCUGUGAAAGAGGUUCGAGUUGCGGCUACCGAGACGGUGUCCGCGGUGACGAAGAACCCCACCGACACAGAGGCUGCAAAGUCUUCCGACGACGCAGCCGUUACAAAAAAGACUGAGAAGGAGGGAGCAUCGUCGGGCAGGUCCCGCACUACCCUUUUCGUGUCAACAAUCCCAUAUCAUGCCACCUCCGAGCAGUUGCAAGAGUUCUUCUCCGAAAUCGGACCGGUGCGGUCAUGUUUCGUAGUCGCGGACAGCAAAGCCGAGCCUGGGAAGCCAAGAAACAGGGGUUAUGGAUACGUUUCCUACGCCCUUCCGGAAGAUGCCGAUCGUGCGUUGAAGGAUCUGAAGAAGACCAAGUUUUUGGAUAUGCGUGUGCUGAAGAUCGAUUUUGCCAUGACGAAGAAGGUCAUUGAGGAUAGAAAGGCCAACGGUCUCCCUUUAAACGACGAUGCGGAAAGGCAAAAGGCGCGGAAGGAAAAGAUGCAGAAACAGAAGCCUGUUGUCGAACCUGCCGCCGAUGGUGACGCCGCACCCGUCGCUUUCAAUGCUCCACGCACCCCGAAGAUACAUCAGCGAAUUUCGAAGAACAUAAUCGUGGAGAUCACGGGCCUGCCCGCGGACAUCACACAGAAACACGUUUACAAAAAGGCUCGCAAAUUCGGAGACGUCUCCCAGGUGAUAUAUCCUGUAUCGAAGCGAGGCGAGAUACUUGCUGGAACCGCACACGCCGUUUACAGCACACCAGCAGAGGCCGACAAUGCUGUCAAACACCUGGACGGACACCAGUUCAAGGGUGCAGAAAUCCGAGCGAAAACGGUGGUGGACGAGUCGAAGAUUGCGAAACAAGCUCGUCUGAUUGUUCGUAACCUGCCAUGGCAGUGCAACGAGCAGCACCUGCGGAAAUUGUUCGGCAAACAUGGAACCAUCGUUGAUAUCCUGAUCCCUCCAGCGGUCAACGGCAAAGCUCGUGGUUUUGGGUUCGUUCAAUUUGAGACCCAGGAAGAGGCCGCUCAAGCGAUCGAGCAGGUUAACGGGGUCGAGCUCAUGAAGCGUCUCGUCGCUGUGGAUUGGGCUUUGUCAAAAGCGCAAUUCGAAAAGGCCGUGCAGGAGGAGCAGCAGGAAGAAGGUGGCGAUGCCGCAACUCCAGCUGCUACAGUUCAAUCCGCGUCUGCCGAUGCAGACGGUGACGACGACAAUGACGACGAGGAGGAAGAUGAGAAGCAAUUCUACCUCGACACGAUUGGAUCGGAUGCCGAGAACAGCGCCGACGAUGCGGAAGAGGGCGACAGCAAUGAGGCUGAUAGUGACGAGGAAUCUGAUGCGGGCGAUGAUGUGGAAGUUACGUUUGACGAUGAAAAGAAGAAGGAUGCUACGCCUAAGCCAUCCAAGCUGGCAGCCAAUGUGCAAGACAACUGCACACUCUUCAUUAGGAACCUGAACUUUGACACAACGGAGGAGGAGCUCUCUGAGGCAUUGUCGCAUUUCGGUGAACUUCGCUACUCUCGUAUCACAAUGGAUCGCGCCACCGGUCGUUCCCGUGGAACUGGGUUCGUUUGCUACAAGCGUAAAGAAGACGCAGAGACGUGCCUGGCAGAACACGAGAUCGCUCGGCGGGCGUCGGAGGCAUUGCACGAAACACAAAAAAACCUUGCGCCCACCAAGUCCAUCUUGACCCCCGAGCCGUCCCUGACCGCCAAAGCGUCGCCAUUCUUGGUCGGCGGCCGAUUCCUGAACGUGACUCUGGCCGUGAACAGGAGCGAAGCGAACCAGCUAGCGGAAGACGGCAAGCUACGUCGUCGUGCAGAUGACAGCCGCAACAUGUACCUCAUGCGCGAAGGUGUCAUUUUCCCCGACACCGAGGCCGCCAAAACACUGACGCCAUCGGAACUCUCCAAGCGCCAAACAAGCUUCGCCGAACGCAAACGCAUCCUCACCACCAACCCCAACCUCUUCAUCAGCCGCACCCGUCUCAGUGUCCGCAACCUGGGCCUGAAAAUCGACGACAAGGAACUCAAACGCGUCGCUGGGAUCGCCGUCCGCAAAUUCUGGGACGACGUCAAGAAGGGGUUGAGGGAGGGUCUUGAGCCUGAGGUUAUCAAAGAGGAAGAGAACGAAGGUCGCCCCGCACCCUCUGGAUCUCGCAGGGCGGUGGUCACGCAAGCCAAGAUCCUCCGCUCCAAAGACCGUAUCGACGCCGCUACUAAGCAGCCCCGGUCAAAAGGAUAUGGGUUCAUCGAGUUCGACUCCCACGCCGACGCAUUGGCGUGCCUGAGGUGGAUGAACAACAACCCGCGCGCGUUCAACCCCGCCCCCGCCAAAGCAGGCGCAGCGGACGCGACCCCAGCAGCAGCAGUAGACGACGAAGAAGCUACCUCUGUCGCAAACAGCAGCGGCAAACGCCCCAUCGUCGAGUUCGCGAUCGAGAACAGACAAGUCAUCAAACGCCGUGAGGAGCGUCAGGCGCAGUUUGGACGGAAGGAUGAUGGGAAGAAACGUGGGAGGGAGGAUGGAGAGGAUGGUGGUGCUGAUGGCGGGCCGUUAAAGAAGAAGCGGUUUGGGGAGAUUUGGAGGGAUAGACGUAUUGCUGCUAAGGAGAAGGGGAAACCGUUGGGGAAAAAGACCGAUGGAGCAAGGCCGGCACAGAAAUGGGUCAAGCCGGAUGGUGCGCAGCAGAAGUGGUCGAAACCCGAUGGUAGCAAACCUGCGCCAGGAGGAUGGAAGGAUAACAACAAGAGCGCUAACGGAAAGCGGAAAUGGGGCUCUGAUGGAGGCGACAAGGUCACCGCCGUUGGCCAAAACAAGCGGGGCAAAUUCGACAAAUCGUUGGACGCCAAGCAGCCGCGACCAUCACCAGCCGCCGCGCCCGCGCCCGCUAGGCCAUCAGCAGCUGACGACCAAGCUAAAAAAUCCAAGAAAGCCGCAAAAGCCGAAGCCAAGCUCUCAAAAGACCAGCGCGACGACAAGAACUUUGACAACCUCGUGCAAAAGUAUAAGAAGAACCUGUUUGGUGCCGGAGCGGGCACGAAUGCGUCGGAGAAGAAACAGGCGGCUACUACUGCUGAUGAUAAGAGUAUCAAGCGGUGGUUUAGCUAGAAUUUUUCAACUCGGCAUUGGUAGACCUAGUCAUAUGUAUCUAGCAAUCAGUAUAUAGCAUUGGGGGACACCGGUGGAAAGCUCGGAGGGAGAUCGAUUCACGGAAGUAUUUAAGAAUGCAUUUCAUAAUUAUAUUUA